AACCUUACGGUUUACGGUACUUGAUGCUUUGUUGCUUGUAGUCUCACUAUCGUACAAAAAUUGAACGAUUCUUAGCGUCUCCGAGCACGUUUUCUCAUUAACACUCCUAAAUAAACCUCGCGCAACUCGAAGUGAUACAGUCACAUGACGCUUAAAAUGCUCGAUGAUGUCAACAUGAACUAUUAUCGCCACGCGAUAAAUCCGUGAGGUUAUGAAAUUACCGCGAGAUAUACUCGCUACCAAAAUAGCCGCAAAUCCGUUAGAAUGGUUGUAAACAAGAUUUUGUAUUUGACUUUGCUAAUAAUACUAAUAAAUCUUUAUGCAGCCGCUAACGACGACACUGUCACCAAUGCCACUGUUAAAUGUCAAUCUGGCAAGCCGUUGCGCAAACAGGUGUCAGCGGAACCCUUGAACGGCAUGUGUCUACGAGAUGUCGUGAGGUAUCUAUCAAAGAGACUGCGAUCCAUCGUCGACGAGGAACUCGGCGUAUCCUCGUUCCAAGAUACGAUUAAUAAGAUGGAAUUCACUAACAUCUCCAGCAAUCUGGACGCGAGACUUAAUGCAUUAGUUGAUAAAUUUAACAAUAAACUAAGAACACACAUUGAUGUCCUCAAGCAGGGCUACAACGCCAUAUACUCCAUCCUGUCGAAAGGGAUUCAUACUGUUUAUUCUAGUCAAACGGUUGAUUUGGAUAUAAUGCAGAUGAACAGAGUUUCGGAUAUAUGUUCUCAGAUUAUAACAGAAUUUGCAACAAAGUUAAGAAGUCAAGAAUGGAAAAACUUGCGUGUACUACCAAUAAGCCAACCGAGUACGAUAUGUGGACCACCAAUGUUGGGUCACAUUAUUGGAUCACUUUUAUUAUCUCAAUACUGUCCUGAGAAAAAUGUCAUUCUGCUUUUGGAGCAUGGCAUGUUUAUGUCUGAAUCUGAUCUUGCUUUGGCCCAAAUAGCAGCCAGAACUAUUAUAGAUAUGCUCUCUGAAACAGAUAAUAUUACUGUUGUUGGCCUUGCUAAUACUGCUCCUUCAUUUUGUAAAGAUGGCUUGUUGAAAGCAACAGAUAUCAAUAAGUUUCAACUAGCUCGGUAUAUUGAUAGUUUAAUUAGAACAGAUUCAAAUCAGACAACAAAAGUUGAUUUUAGAAAAUUAACACAGAAUUUAAGGCACGAAGUGAUUAUUAUACAUUUGACUAACAAAUUAAAAGAUACAUCAAAUGUGCAAAGAGUGUUUGAAAUAAUUUCAGAAAAACUUAUGACUUAUCUCAGAACUAUACUUAUUCUUUCAGAUCAACCACACAUCAAUGUUAAACAACUUGUAAACAAUGAUGUUAUUGUUCUUCCAACGCAAAAUAUUCUUGGAUAUGAAAUAGGAAAACUAUUUUCUUGUUUGCAAUGUCCUGAUUAUCAUAAAAAAGAUUUUUAUAUAUUAGACCCAUAUUUUGAUCUAUAUAGCAAAACAAUGAUAUUAUCUAUUGGACAGAUUACAAGUAUUGCACUACUAUCCUUAGAUGUAAAAUUAUGUGAUUUCCUUGAUGAUAUAACGUAUUUUAAUACUGGUCCAAACAUAUACGUUAUAUUCUUUGACAAUAAAGGUGUGGUUUGGAUGCAUAAAAAUUUUCCCAGGAUUGAGACGAUAAUUGAGCAACCACUUAAAGUGCAUCUGCAAGACAUUGAAAAUAUAGAUAAUUGGGCAGUAAUGAAAAUGAUAAAUGAGCUUCAAGGAGUCAUAGACGUAAAAACAAAAUUGGGUGAGCAGAAACGGUACCGAUGGAAACAUUUAAUUUAUAACGACAUGAUAAUAUGCUUGGUAUCCAUGACUGAAGAGGGAAUAUUGCCUGUUGCAAGAACUGUGCCUUUACUGCCUACAAACAUAUUACAUCAUCGCCUCGAUCUUAUGCUUCAAACUGUCAUUAAUAAAGAUACACUUUGCACUUAUAGAAACAGGAUUGUAACUUUAUCAACAGGUGUAGUUUAUUUAUCACCAUGGUGCUUUCAGUCUCCAAUGGAGCAAUUGGAAUUAUUAGAAACUGGUUCAGCUAUGACUGUACAAAGUUAUAUGGCAUACAUAAAAGAUUUAACAGGUCUUUUAGCUAACCCCGGUUUACAUCCAUCUGUAAAACCGGAUGUAGCAAUCUUAGCACAAGUCUUGGAACAUUUCAAAAAGCAACAUAUUGAGAGUCCAUUAAAUAAAUUUGUAAUAAGAAGAUAUGUUGUGAGUACAGUUAGUGGUGUAUUGGAGAUAUUUCCAGGAAUGGUAUUGGAUUCUGGUUUUGAUCCCAAGAGACGAAUGUGGUAUGGAAAAGCACUAGAGUAUCCUGAUAAGAUAAUUUUGACUCCACCUUACUUAGAUGCGGGUGGAUCAGGCUAUGUAGUCACUCUAAGUCAAGUCGUUGAAUAUUCUAUGAGCAAUAGAAGUACAGAUUAUGUCAUUGCUGUUUUAUCUAUGGAUGUUACAAUGAGUUACAUCAUGAGAUUGCUAUUAGAGAUGUUUCCAUUCUGUUACGAUGCAACUGUAAAAUGUUUCUUGAUGGAUGACAAAGGUUACUUGGUGUCGCAUCCGACAUUGUUGGAAGCAACAGGCAAGAUUGAGCAACAGCAUUUGACGCAUAAGGAACUUUUAGUAGCUAAUGACAUAUUGAAUCACGGGCUGUUUGUAAAAAAAAAAUCAUGUGCAAAUCGCUUGGAAGGCAUCAUGCAAAGAUACUAUCAGUUUAACAUGUCGCUCGAUGACGUGCUCACUAAUAUAGCACAUGGCGAGCACUGUGUUAGAUAUCAAGUAGCUGCCGUACCAGGUACUAAUGUAUUCCUUGGUAUCGUCAACGUGACGACUCAGUGCAAUCUGCUUAGAGCUUUUUGUCCAUGCAGUACAAUGGAUCAUUCAUGUCUAAAUUGCAAAAGUAUGGAACAAACUGGUUGUGAAUGUCCUUGCGAAUGCUCCUUGUAUUCUUCUAGUUGUACGCAACAAAGUACCAACAAUUUAAAUUCUUGUCCGCCGCUAUAUGAGCAAGGUUCGAGUUUACAGACCCCGUGGAUACAACCGACGAAUUUGAAAUCGUGUCCGUCUAUCGAUUGCAAAUCAUACGCGACGGAGAGAGAUUGCUUGGGUGUCGCGGAUUGUCAAUGGUGUCACGUCGAUACCGAUGGAGAAACACCUUUGCAACAACCGUUUUGCUCCGACAUGUCCGUAUGUUUCAAGGGAAUCUUCGGAUCUUUGAUACCUUACAGCGAUGGCACUUACAAUUCACAAUCAACGGAUGAGAUCGUGAUAGGAGAGUGGCCAUCGGUCGGUUUAGUGGCCGGUGGAAUUCUUGCAUUAGUCUUGAUCCUAGGUAUCGUUCUAUUUUGCUAUAGACUCCGAUCGGUAAACUCGGGUGUGGAGCAUCAAUGCUUGCAUCUCCAUACCUCGCCCGACACAUUGCGCAUGACGCAUCUCGAGGGCGAUCUGGAGCCCACGGAAUUGGAUCAAACCAAAAGCAAUUUGGAUUGCCUUGUGAGAGAUGGUAUCGCACCUAUAUCACCGUACAGAGUUUCUACUAAUUAUAGAAGACCACCUGGUGGAGAUAGCGAUCAUGGGUACAGCACGAUGACGCCACACGAUGAUUCCGAACAGCAGACGUUCGCCUCUGAACCUCUGCUAAUUGUCGACAAUAACAUCGAGCCGGAUUUGAGGCAGUCCGGCAUCGGAAUGCCUUCUCCUACAACGUACUUGGCAUCGCCACAUCAUGUUUUAGCACCUGUGACUGUCCAUCGCGAUAUGGAAACAAACUAUUGUUAGUGAAAUUGGAUUCAUAUAUAUAUUGCCAUUUAUUUGAAAACAUAAGCUAAACAAAACGUCCUCAAAAUCUCGUAAGAAGCUAUAUCACUUUCUUGCAAAUAUGACCUCAGUAACGUAUAGCAAUUUAUUUUAUUUACAAUUUUUGAUAUGGGAGAUAUAAUAUUGUUGUAUUGCAGUUGCAAUAGAACAGUAUUUAUUACUAUCAAAGUGGCAGAGCACAGUUUUUAUCAUUAUCAAAGUGACAGCACAGUUUUUAUUAUCAAAAUGACAAUAAGUACGAAUUUUUGAAUGACUGACGAGCUUAAAAACAUAUAUAAUUUUUAUAAGCUAUCUCUAUCGAUACUAAAGCCUUCUAUGAAAGUGCUAAUAAUAGUUGAUAGGUUGUACAAGUUUUAUAUAUAAAACAAUUUAGAUGGCUAGUAUAUUAUAUAAGAAACUUAAUUUAAAGUAUAAAUUUAUAAGCAGAUAUAUAAAGCAAUAAUGAAUUAUUUAUAUAUAAUUCUGAUUACAGAGCAAUUUAGAAUUGUAUAAAAGUAUACUUUUAUACAUAUAAGUAAUAUUACAGUUUUUCAAAUAGAAUACUUCUAUAUGACAAGGUAUUUUAAUAUUAUAUUCAGAUAGGUGCUAUAUAUUCGUAAUUAUAUAUGCAAGUUAAGAAAUUAAAACCUUACAAAAUUGUUAUUGUUGAUAAAUAAUUGAUACUAAUUUGAAGUAAUUUAGUACUAACAGUCACAAUUUGGACAAAAUGGUAAAUCUUAAAUCACUACCUGAAAUAUUGCCAUUAUACUGUUAUUGAAUCGCAAGACAUAGUUAAUUUUAUAAAAAUAAGAUUAGAACAACUGAAAACAUUUCUUUUUGAAUUUAUUUAUUUUUUUUUUUUUCACAUGGUAUAACACUGACGAGACAGUUUACAUAUGUUAUAGUACCCUGACUUAUUUUUAGAAUUAUCAAUUUUUUCUUUAUAUUUUAAUCUAUAUAGUAUACUUAUUAUCAUGAUUUAAUAACGUAAAAUUAAGUGCCAAAACGUGAUAAUACUUUGUAUACUAUGCAGAAUAAUUUUGGAAAGCUAUAUAUAUAUAUAGAAUCUAAUAUUAUUUCUAUUGUGUUCUUAUAUGAGAUUAUUUAAGCAUUUCUCUUGAAAUGAAAUCAUAAUUUUAUCAUUGCACAAAUUAGCAUUAAAAAUAAAAAAAAAAAAAGAAACAAGAAAA